AUGGCCGGCAGGGGUGUUGAUCGUCAUCUAUUCGGCCUGUACGUCGUCUCGAAGUACUACGAAAUGUCUUCCCCAUUCCUCGACAACGUCUUCUCGAUGAGCUACGCCCUGUCCUCCUCGCAGACGCCGCAACAUCAGUCCGUCGAGUACUCCGCCGUGCUGAACAAGGAGCGCGAGCUGUUUUGGCCUGCCGGAGCCUUUGCCUGCCCUGAUGGCAGCAAAUACGGUGUGUGCUACACGAUCGGCACCACCGGCGAUAUGAUGUCUUUCCACAUUUCCAGCAAGAAGAGCUUCAAGGAUACGGAUUGCCACCGCUUCCGCUCUCAACUUCUCGACUCCUUGCGCGAGAUGAGGGAGAUGGUCGAGGCGGCCACUGCCAAGCAA